GUUAGUAUCCAACUGGCUUACUAGUCCUCGUGGUUGUGAAAUUUUUCAUAUCCAAGAUUUCAUUUAUAAGUCCAAUGAAAUAUCAGUGAGCCCCAACUAGAUUAUCUGUCAAGCUGAACUGUUCCCGCGUUAGACAACUUUCAUAUAUUAAAUUUCUGUCUGUCAUCGUUAAAGCUAAUACCUUUGUUUAUAGCCACUAGGAUCUUCAAUCAAGUUCUUGUAGUACGUCAUGACAUGGGUCAACCUUCCCAUUGAGUAACUUUGUUUGGAUUCGAUUUUUUGAAGUCAUUUACUGAGCUGACCGAUACUACUUGUUUUGGUCAGAGAUUCCACUUAUGAACCAAUAAAUUGGAAAAUCAGAACUAUGUAAUUGGUUGAUAUGGUUUCAGUAGGACAAUUCAAGUCUUCAUAUUUACUUUUCUAAAGGAGUUUUACAUUACGAACAUUCAUUUUACAGUACAAAAUCACUGCCUUUGUGUUUGCGAACUAAAAUUUGGUAUCCAAUCGGUAGCUAAAUGCUCCUUUUUUACUUGAAGUUGUUUUAUCAAAUAGUAUACUCUUUUCUAAUUUUUUUUUUAAAUUGAACUAAAUUACUCACUAUUUUACUUCCGUUUCUAAUUGUCCGACGAUAAAUGUAGCAUUUUAUUCAGUGAACUCUCGUGAUAUUAGCAAUGUGUGAUGACUCUUGGAUUAAUGAAUCUAAUAUCAAGGAUAGAGAUUCUCUGAUUACGUUGGCUAAGAUUCAGGAGCAAGCUGAGCGAUUUAAUGAUAUGGCGUGUGCUAUGAAGAAAGUUGUUGAGACGUCAAAAAAACUUAAUAAUGAGGAGCGAAACUUGUUUUCAGUGGCUUAUAAAAAUGUAGUUGGAUGUUGUAGAUCAGCUUGGCGUGUUGUUUCAAACAUUGAACAGCGAUUGGAUGAUCAGAAGAAAAAACAAGCGGGAGAAUACCGUAGCACUAUUGAGAAGGAAUUACAAGCUGUCUGCCAGGAAGUCUUAGAUUUAUUACACGAGUCACUACUCAAAAGUGAAAAUACAGCUGAAGGAAUCGUGUUUUAUAAGAAAAUGGAAGGUGAUUAUUAUAGGUAUUUAGCUGAGGUUCUAACUGGCGACAAACGUGCUGAUGUUGUUAAACAUUCACGGGAAGCUUAUCAGGCAGCAACGGAGAAGGCAAAUAGUGACCUGCCUCCAACUCAUCCAAUCCGUCUGGGCUUAGCUCUAAACUUCUCUGUGUUUUACUAUGAAAUCGAAAACAACCCCGAAAAAGCAUGCUCAAUUGCUCAGACUGCAUUUAAUGAAUCAAUCGGACAGUUGGACCAACCUGAAAGUGGUUCCUUCAAAGAUAGUACACUUGUAAUGCAACUUCUUCGUGAUAACUUAACUUUAUGGACUUCUGAACGUGAAGCUGCUCAGUAACACAGAAUAUCAGUGGCCACUUUAUUUUUACUUUGAAAACGUAACCUCAGAACUGCUCUUUACACUCACUUAAUAACGUAUGAACGAAUUUAUUGAUCACUUCUAAUUUAGUCUCUUGAAUAAAUCGUGUGGCAAUUGUCGUCAUUAUAUCAUAUAGUAUACCAAUCUCAGUUAAUAUCUGUGAAAAAUUCAACUGUAAAACCAUUCUUGCUAGUGUUGAUAUCUGUUCGUUCAACUAAGAUGAAUAGCUUUGUCAAAUAAAUUGCAAAUUCACUAAGUCUA